GAAUAAACAUUAACAUCAUUAUUCUAGGCGAAUUCUGUGGCUACAGCUACACCAGUACACCACCCUUGUUUCCUUUAUAUAUACACUUUCUUUUUAAGCUUCAAUUAGCCAAAAACUUUGGUCAUUUUUCUCAUCACAUUGUAAAAAUAUUAUAGUUAAAAACCGUUUCAUACCCUCUCUUUUUUUUAGAAAUAUAAAAUGAAGCAAUGUUGUUAUUAUUCAAACUUGCUCAUAUUGUUUGUAUUAAUGUCAAUACUUUUCUCUGAAAAUUAUAUCAAUGAAGUAGAAGGAAGAGCUCACUAUCAUAAGAAAAAAGGAGGGAUAAUAUCAGCACCUUCUUCCCCUGCUUAUGCACCUGAUCCUAAUGUCCCACCUCCUCUUGUUCCUUCGGACCCGUACUCGAGUCCGACACAAAACGGCCCGUGCAUUUUCGAUGUUACCUCAUUUGGGGCCGUUGGUGAUGGCAACACCGAUGACACUGCUGCCUUCCAAGCUACUUGGAAGGCGGCAUGUGCCGUUGAAUCCAGUGUCAUUCUUCUCCCUUCUAAGGGGAAAUUCAUGAUCACCUCCUCCAUCUUUAACGGGCCUUGUAAGCCCGGACUAGUCAUGCAGAUUGAUGGAAUAUUAAUGCCGCCAGAUGGACCAGAUUGCUGGCCGGAAUCAGACAGUAAAAAACAAUGGUUAGUUUUUUACAGGUUAAAUGAAUUUACCAUGAAUGGAACUGGAACUAUUGAAGGCAAUGGUCAAAAAUGGUGGGACCUUCCUUGCAAACCUCACAGGGGUCCACAUGGAUCAACAUUGCCUGGACCAUGUGAUAGCCCAGCUAUGAUUAGGUUCUUCUUGAGCAAUAAUACGCAGAUAAGUGGGAUCAGAAUUCAAAAUAGUCCACAAUUUCACAUAAAGUUUGAUGGAUGUGAUGGGGUACUCAUAAACAAGCUCCAAAUUAAUUCUCCCCAAUUUAGCCCCAACACUGAUGGCAUCCAUGUUCAAGAGACCAAAAAUGUUGGCAUUUACAACUCCAUGAUUGCUAAUGGGGAUGACUGCAUAUCCAUAGGACCAGGUUGCUCAAAUGUGGAUAUACAAGGGGUGGUUUGCGACCAUAGUCACGGAAUCAGCAUUGGAAGUCUUGGAGUGCAUAAUACUCGGUCAUGUGUAUCGAACAUAACAGUACGUGGUGCCUUGAUCAAGAACUCCGACAAUGGGGUAAGAAUUAAGACUUGGCAAGGAGGAUCAGGGUCAGUCUCAGACAUAUCAUUUCAUGAUAUUCAAAUGGAAAACACAACAAACAGCAUUAUAAUAGACCAAUACUACUGCCUCACAAAGGCAUGUAGGAACGAAACAUCGGCUGUUUAUCUCUCAGGAGUGUCCUACAAGAACAUCAAGGGCACUUAUAACAACGUUAGAAGCGCCCCUAUUCACUUUGCUUGCAGUGAUGCCGUACCUUGCACUAACAUAACAAUGUCCGAAGUCGAACUUUUGCCUGCUCAAGGCGAGCUUGUUGAUGAUCCCUUUUGUUGGAACGCUUACGGGAUUCAAGAGAGCUUAACAAUCCCUCCUAUUGAUUGCUUACAAGAUGGUAUGCCUUUAUCACUUGGAGAAGCUCUUGUUGGUUGUUGAUGCAAAUGUUUUUGGAUUUUCUUUAAAGAUAACACUAUUUUUAUGUUUUUCUUUUUUGGUUAGAUUAGAUAGAUGCGUGAAUCUAUAUAUGUAUACUGCAUAUAGAGCCCUAGCAUUUUAUUAUCUAUGAGAGGCUUUGAUGAUUUUCAUUUCUUCCUCUCUAGGCUUUCAUAUUAGGAUACAAUGUAGUUGUAGACUUGUAGUAGUUACUUCAUCCCAUUUGGGAUUUCUCCCUUGUUGUGUGAUGAAUAUUGGGAUAUGAUCAUGUCUAUUGUAUGGAUUGAUAAUAUUAGAUGAAAUUAAUUAGUAUAUGUUAUGGAUUUA